GUUGCGCAUGCGCCCUGGUCACCGCGUGGUUCGCCGGCGCCUCUUUGGCCCCCCGCGCAGGCGCUCAGGGAGCUCUUGAACUCUAGGUUCCCGCGGAUUGGCGAAAAGGAGGCGGAGCUCGGAAGGGAAAAGUGACUGUAAGGCGCUCAGAUGCCAGGGCGGGAGCCAAUCAGAGAGCAUGACGUAAGUUUGGCGCGGAGUUUGGUGGCUGGAGCUUGUGGUGGCGGGAGUUGGAGGUAGUAACUAAACGUGUUCUUAGGGCGCAAGCUAGGUAUCUGCUGAAUCUGGGGGCAUUUCCAAAGCUUUUUCUUCACUUGAGGUUUUUAUUCUGCGGCCCAGAUGCUCUUCAGUUUGGUGCUUCGCCAACCCCAGGUUGGCGUCCCGAGAAAUGGGUGGUCUUCAUGUUACCCUCUACAGUCCCUUCUAACUGCUUAUCAGUGCAGUUAUGGUGAUGAGCACACUUCUUAUGGAGAAACAGGAGUCCCAGUUCCUCCUUUUGGAUGCACCUUCUCUUCUGCACCCAACAUGGAACAUACCCUAGCAGUUGCCAAUGAAGAAGGCUUUGUGAGAUUAUAUAACACAAAAUCACAAACUUGCAGAAAGAAGUGCUUCAAAGAGUGGAUGGCUCACUGGAAUGCUGUCUUUGACCUAGCCUGGGUCCCUGGUGAAUUUAAACUUGUUACAGCAGCAGGUGAUCAAACAGCCAAGUUUUGGGAUGUAAAUGCUGGUGAACUAAUUGGAACAUGCAAAGGUCAUCAGUGCAGCCUCAAGUCAGUUGCCUUUUCUAAAUUUGAGAAAGCGGUCUUCUGUACAGGUGGAAGAGAUGGCAAUAUUAUGGUUUGGGACACAAGGUGCAACAAAAAAGAUGGGUUUUAUAGGCAAGUGAAUCAAAUCAGUGGAGCUCACAAUGCUUUAGAUAAGCAAACCCCUUCAAAACCCAAGAAGAAACAGAAUUCAAAAGGACUGGCUCCUUCUGUGGAUUUCCAGCAAAGUGUUACUGUAGUCCUCUUUCAAGAUGAGAAUACAUUAGUCUCGGCAGGAGCUGUGGAUGGGGUAAUUAAAGUAUGGGAUUUGCGUAAGAAUUAUACUGCUUAUCGACAAGAACCCAUAGCCUCCAAGUCUUUCCUCUACCCAGGUAGCAGUACUCGUAAACUAGGAUAUUCAAGUCUGAUUUUGGAUUCCACUGGCUCUACUUUAUUUGCUAACUGCACAGAUGAUAAUAUCUACAUGUUCAAUAUGACUGGAUUAAAGACUUCUCCAGUGGCUAUCUUCAGUGGACACCAGAACUCUACCUUUUAUGUUAAAUCCAGUCUUAGUCCAGAUGACCAGUUCUUGGUCAGUGGCUCAAGUGAUGAAGCUGCCUACAUCUGGAAGAUCUCCACACCUUGGCAUCCUCCCACUUUGCUCCUGGGUCAUUCUCAAGAGGUCACAUCUGUGUGCUGGUGUCCAUCAGACUUCACAAAGAUUGCUACAUGCUCUGAUGACAAUACUCUGAAAAUCUGGCGCUUGAAUAGAGGCCUAGAAGAGAAACCAGGAGAUAAAUCUUCCAUAGUGGGUUGGGCCUCUCAGAAGAAAAAACAGGAAAGAGCUGGCCUAGUUACAAUGACAAGUAGCCAGAGUACUCCAGCCAAAGCCCCCAGGGUAAAGAGCAGUCCAUCCAUUUCCUCCCCAUCAUCAGCAGCUUGUGCUCCAAGCUGUACUGGAGACCUCCCUCUUCCUUCUAAUACUCCCACAUUCUCUGCUAAAACCCCUCCUGCCAAAGCCCAGUCUCCUAUCAGUACAAGAGGCUCCGUUUCCUCCGUCUCUCCCAAGCCACCAUCUUCUUUCAAGAUGUCAAUUAAAAACUGGAUGACCCAAACACCUUCCUCAUCUCCACCCAUCACUCCGCCUGCUUCUGAGACCAAGAGCCCAUCUCCAAGAAAAGCCCUCAUUCCUGUGAGCCAGAAAUCAUCUCAAGCAGUGGUUUGCUCUGAGUCUAGAAACAGAGUUAAGAGAAGGCUAGACUCAAGCUGUCUGGAAGAUGUGAAACAAAAGUGUGUGAAGAGUUGCAAUUGUGUGACUGAGCUUGAUGGCAGAGUUGAAAAGCUUCAUUUGGAUCUGUGCUGCCUGGUUGGUAACCAGGAAGACCUUGGUAAGAACUCAGAAGGGCUUUCUAAAUCAAGCAGAAUUGAAGGAGCUAGUGCAAGCAUCUCCGAGCCCCCUUCUCCUGCCAGUCUUUAUGCUUCUGAAGGCUGUGGAGCGCUGCCUCUUCCUCUGAGAUCUUGUGGAGAAGGGUCUGAAGUCAUAGGCAAAGAGAAUAGCUCCCCAGAGAAUAAAAACUGGUUAUUGGCCAUGGCAGCCAAACGGAAGGCUGAGAAUUCAUCUCCACGAAGUCCAUCAUCCCAGACUCCCAGUUCCAGGCGACAGAGUGGGAAGAUGUCACCAAGCCCAGUCACCAUUACUCCCUGUUCCAUGAGGAAGAUCUGUACAUACUUCCAUAGAAAAUCCCAAGAUGACUACAGUAGUCCCGAACAGUCAACAUAA